UAACGCUGCUGACUUCUCUGGUCAGGAGCUGGACAGCGAGUCUCACGUGAGCGAAUCCAGUGACAGAAUGUCUGAUUUUGAGAGCUCCCCGCUUAAAAAUGAGGACGACGUCCUCCUCUCUAAAGAAGCCUCAAACGCCCUGUCUCUCCUAGAAAAGAUGAAGGCCAUUUACACCUCCUUCCUGACCAACUCAUAUUGGUCUACACUGAAUCUGAACCUGAGCCAGCCCCCUGCAGAGAAACCUCCUCGCAGUCACAGCAGCAGCAGUAGUAGCAGCAGUAGCAGUAGCUGUGGAAGUGGAGGCUAUGACUGGCACCAGACAGCUAUGGCAAAAACCCUCCAGCAGGCCUCACAGAACCACCACAACAGACUGGGCAUGGUUCAACACCCCACAGUGGCCGUAUCCACAGCGUCUACAGAACCCAACCUCUUCAGUACCGUCCAGCUGUACCGGCAGAGCUCCAAGCUCUAUGGCUCCAUAUUUACUGGUGCCAGCAAAUUCCGCUGUAAGGACUGCAGUGCAGCCUAUGACACACUAGUGGAGCUCACGGUGCAUAUGAAUGAGACAGGCCACUACCGCGAUGAUAACCACGAGACAGAUGGUGAGGGUGCUAAACGGUGGUCAAAACCCAGGAAGCGUUCCUUGCUAGAGAUGGAGGGGAAGGAGGAUGCACAAAAGGUUCUGAAGUGCAUGUACUGUGGGCACUCAUUUGAAUCCCUUCAGGACCUGAGUGUCCACAUGAUCAAGACAAAACACUACCAGAAAGUGCCUCUGAAAGAGCCUGUUACACCAGUGGCAGCUAAGAUUAUCUCCACGGCUCGAAAGAGAGCCCCCAUUGACCUAGACAUCCCCAGCUCACCUGACUCUAAUGGAGGGACCACGCCCAAGCCCACCUCCCUCAGCGACUCUAAUGAUAUACUCCAGAGGGUCACCAACCCUUACAUCACUCCUAACAACCGCUACGGACACCAGAACGGUGCCAGCUAUGCCUGGCAGUUUGAGUCCAGGAAGUCACAGAUCCUCAAAUGCAUGGAGUGUGGCAGCUCUCACGACACACUGCAAGAGCUAACCGCUCACAUGAUGGUGACCGGACACUUUAUUAAAGUCACCAACUCUGCUAUUAAGAAAGGCAAACCCAUUAUAGAGUCGUCCACCUCAGCCCCCACGUCCAAUUCAACAGUUGAAGAAAAGGUCCAGUCUGUUCCCCUGGCUGCCACAACCUUCUCCCCUCCACCCGCCCCAGUGCCUCCUCCAACCAGCAUCUCCCCCUCUGCCAUGGCUGUGGAGAUAAAAAAGGAGGAGAAGGAAGAGGAAUGCACUAAAGAGCCCAUCAUCAACAACGGUAACAAUCUCAACAAGGAGAAGAAGGCAGGAGUGGAGGAGGAGGCUGAGGAGAAGUUUGAUAUCUCGUCAAAAUACACUUAUUUGACUGAAGAGGAUCUGGAUGAAAGUCCAAAAGGGGGUCUUGAUAUCCUCAAGUCCUUGGAGAACACAGUGACCUCAGCCAUCAAUAAAGCACAGAAUGGCGCUCCUAGCUGGGGUGGAUAUCCCAGUAUUCAUGCUGCCUAUCAGCUUCCAAACAUAAUGAAGCUCUCUCUGGGCAAUUCCGGGAAGAGCUCUCCCCUGAAAUAUAUGUUCCCUGGAGGGGAGAUCCUCUCUCCCACUGGCAAGAGCCAGCCUCUGAUCUCCCCUCCCAGCCGCCAGACCUCUCCGUUGCCCAAAAACAACUUCCAUGCUAUGGAGGAACUGGUCAAGAAAGUGACUGAGAAAGUGGCUAAGGUAGAGGAGAAAAUGAGAGAGCCCAGCGGUGCGGACUCAGCCCGAGGAGAGUCCCCCAAAGAAAACAGAGCAGGUGGUUGUAAAACUCCCGAGAAUACAAAUGGAGUGGAAAAGGUAGUAGGCGAUGGAAAUGGAGCCAAUCAUGGAGAUUCAAAUGGAGAUAUUUCCAUAAAAGAGUCUGUGGAAAAUGGAGUGGAGUCAGCCUCUGUGACAUCGCCCCUGCCUGCCUCUAUGACUGGAAGUACAGCUAUCAUUACAGACCAUCCACCUCCAGAACAACCAUUCGUCAACCCUCUCAGCGCACUGCAGUCAGUAAUGAACGUCCACCUGGGGAAGGCCGCUAAGCCUGCCCUGCCCUCCCUUGACCCCAUGAGCAUGCUGUUCAAGAUGAGCAACAGUCUGGCAGAGAAAGCAGCUGUGGCUGCUUCCACCCCACCAGCACAGACCAAAAAGCCCAGUAAUGACCACUUAGACCGCUACUUUUACCAGCAACAUCUAAAUAACGACCAACCCAUAGAUCUCACCAAAGGCAAAAAUGCUGACAAAAACAGCAGUAUAGCUUCCUUCAUGUCCAGCUCCCCUUUGAGAGAAAAUGCCCUGUCAGACAUCUCUGACAUGCUGAGGAACCUGACGGAAAGUCAGGCAGUCUCCAAGUCCUCCACACCUACCAGCCAAUCCGAACGCUCCGACAUCGAAGGUGUCACACAGGAGGAAACAGAAGAUGUUUCACCAGCCCAGAAACGUAAAGGCCGCCAGUCCAACUGGAACCCUCAACACCUCCUCAUCCUACAAGCCCAGUUUGCUUCCAGUCUGAGACAAACAAAUGAUGGCAAGUACAUAAUGUCAGACCUGAGCCCACAAGAGAGAAUGCACAUCUCCCGUUUCACUGGCCUCUCAAUGACUACAAUAUCCCAUUGGUUGGCUAAUGUCAAAUACCAGCUGAGGAGAACCGGUGGCACCAAGUUCUUGAAAAACUUGGAUUCGGGUCACCCAGUGUUCUUCUGCAGUGAUUGCGCCUCUCAGAUCCGCUCACCAUCCACCUACGUCAGCCACUUGGAAUCCCAUUUGGGCUUCCGUCUGCGAGACUUGGCCAAGCUUUCUGGGGAGCAGCUGCUCAGCCAGAUAUCACAGCAACACCAUCAACAACGCCACACCAAAGGACUAUCUGAAAAACUGCUCUCUAACCUUCACUCAUCUGAUGACGACAGUGGGGCCAUGUACCAGUGCAAGCUCUGCAACCGGACUUUUGCGAGCAAGCACGCGGUCAAGCUUCACCUGAGCAAGACUCAUGGGAAGUCCCCCGAGGACCACCUCAUGUAUGUGUGUGAGCUGGAGAAACAGUAGCACUGGCUGGGGACAAUGCUGCACUCUUUCAUAAUGGCUCACUCUUUCUUGCUCUGUCUCUCUUCAUCCUUUCACAGACAUUUCUUUCAAAGAAAAGAAAGGAUUAUUAACGUGAUGGAACUGCACAAAGAUGCCAUACAACUACUGCUUUGAGUUUUGGCACAUGGUUUUAAAUUUUGCAUUGUAGCAGUUUUUUUUUCUUUGUUUCAGUGUGGGGUAGACUCACUCUGGUCCAACUCACUCGAUUUUAUGAUCUGAGUGUGUGAUGUGAUCUCCUUUGAUAGGACUAGUGAUUUUUUUCAUAAUGUGCAGAUGGGGGCUGUUGUCAUGGGAAGACACAGUAAAUGAAGGUUUAAAAAAAAAAAGAGAUUCUAAAAUGAAGUGGUAUGUAUUUUGUGUACAUGGAAAUUAAGUUCCUUUAUAUUUUGGCAUCACUGGGGUGUGAUAAGCUGCAUGCAUAAAAUGAAACAGUUUAGUUAAACAUUUUAUAACUAAAUCUGUUGCACUUUCCAUGAUUUUUUCUCUUCAUGUUGUCACUCUCUCCUGCUCGCUCUGUCUUUGUUUUUUCUUUUUUUCUUAAUAACGUUUUUGUGCUGGAGUCAGCAUUUAAAAUUUAACCCUCUGAGUACGUCAAAGCACUUCUACACCUAAGAUCCAAACACUAUAGACUGAAAGAUUUGAGAUUGGGAAUUACUGAAGCUAUUGUUGAGAAUUCGAUGGACAAUGUGUGCAUUGUGUCUGCGAUGAACUGUUUCCCAGACAUAGAGUGUGCUGAGUCUAAUGCUAGUCUUCAUCUUGGGCUUAAUACUUGUCUGGAAGAUGCUCACAGGACAUUGUAGGGAAAAAAAGUAUGUAGUAAAAAAGAAAAAAAAAGGAAAUCUUAAGUCUUUUACUUUGGUCGAUCAGGGACCUAUAUUAAUUCAGGUCUGUGUAAAAUAUGUAUAUAAAAAACAUAUUAAGUAAUUCCUGUCUAAAUUAUGCAUCAUUUCUAUAUUUUUAAUUUAAAAGGAUUAUGACUAUCUGCUGGUGCACAGUAUAUGAAGACGUAAAUAAAAUUGUUUUGCACAAUAGUUUUAUAAAUGUGUUAUUUAAUCAAAGGAUACGAAAAAAAAGGGAGGUAACAAAGGGAUGACAACAGGUGAAUCUUUUUAUUCCCGACUCGUGCUCAAAGGGUUAAAGACUCUUUUUACCAGACACUACUCUACAUGUGCCGCUGUAUGAACACUAAAAAGAUAUUAAAGGUUGUACAAAAAAAGAUGUUACUUUAUGAAGAUAUUUCACAUGUAAACUGUUAUUUAUAAGCACUCUUGGUUGUUUCAUAUCGUUGAAUGCCUUUUCGAUUGGUGUUUUUUUUCUUCUUUUUUUAUUAUUAUUGUUAUUUUUUAUUUUAUUUUUAUUUUUUUUGUUCUGUCUAAUUGCUCUGCCAUGAUUCCACACUGCAGCUUUAUCUUUUUGGGAUAUGAAAGGUAACCAUGGUUACACUAACCCCUUGAGUGACAAGUUCUGCUACAUUUUUGGCAGUUAAUUUGCUGAAGUAACUGACAGCUGCCAGUGUAGAGAAAUAAAAAAAAAAAGAAAAAAAAAAAAACUUAUGUGUAAAAUAUUGGCAUGUAAACAGCACAGAUACUGUUAUGCAUUCUGUGCCGUUAGUCUUUUUCAUUUCGUUCUUUCGUUUUCUGUUGUUGUUGUUCUUGACAAUGAACCCCCAUUAUAUGACUUCAUAUAACCUUGUUUUCUACUGCAGCAUUAAAAAAAAGGAAACUGUUUU